AUGUCGUCGGCGGUGACGCACAUCUACCUGCACGUCAUCCAGGACGUCAUUAAGAACGUUCGACCCGACUUCCAGAGCGACGGCGUCGACGAGAGCGUGCUCCAAGAGUUGCAGCAGGUCCGUCUGUCUCCCCCGCUCGCAGCAGGUCCGUCGCUCGCAGCAGGUCCGUCGCUCGCAGCAGGUCCGUCGCUUGAAGCAGGUCCGUCGCUCGCAGCAGGUCCGUCGCUCGAAGCAGGUCCGUCGCUUGAAGCAGGUCCGUCGCUUGAAGCAGGUCCGUCGCUUGAAGCAGGUCCGUUGCUCGCAGCAGGUCCAUCGCUCGCAGCAGGUCCGUCGCUCGCUCCUGCGUUAAAUUUCCCGCCCUCCAUAUCUCGGCCCUUCAGUGCGUGCUGGAUCCCCUGUUCUUCGCCACCACAGCUUCUAUGGGAGGCGAAGGUGAUGCAGUCGGGUGCGGUCAUCCCCGUGGGCGGGUAUGCGCUUCCCCCGCCUGCGCCGCCGGCCGCUGAGGCGGAUGUAGCCGCGGUGGAGGCGGAGGAGGGCCCGCUAGGGGGCGCGGAGGGGGAAGCAGCGGCGGAGGAGGGCGCAGGGGAGGAGGAGGGUGGCGAGGGCGCAGGACACGGAGGGGGAUUCGCAGGGCAUGAUUUGAACAUGCCUUAUAACGGGGAUGGUGGAGAGGCGGAGGACGAGCAGGCCCUGUCGCUGGGAGCAUCCCACGCAUCUUACUCCAGUGUACACGUCACAUCCAGUCUCGAUGGCCGUCCACUGCCCUUCAUGCCGCGGCAGGAGGCGUGGGAGCAGAAGCCCUUCAUGGUCGACAUGAACGCCGUGCCUGAGGAGGACACAUACGCUGAUGCUGCUGCCUCGGACGAGGCCACUCUGGGUCUGCUGCCCACAGAGCUGAAGCGCAAGCGAGCAGAGGAGGGGCCGGGGGGCUACGAGGAGGAGGCAGGGAUGGAUGCAGCCGGGGGGGACACCAGCAGACCCCGCCUCACUCCUGAGUACGCCUUCCCUCAGGCUGACGGAGCCAGUGACAGCAUGCCACGUGGUGCCUCCCAAUGGGCCCACGACAUGCUGAGUCAGCUGGAGCAUACGCAUGGGGGGAGUGGAGGAGGGAGACGGGGAGAGGAGGGGAGUGGGGAGAGGAGCAGAGCGGAUGGGGGAGUGGUGGGAGGGUUGGGUGGUGCAGGCGCAGCGGAAGGGCGGGAUGGGUCGGGAAGGGGGGUGCAACACGGGGCUGGGGGAGCCGAGGGGCGGGACGCACGUGGUAGCAGCGGGGGCGGCAAGGGCGGCAGGGGCGAGAGAGAGGGGAGGCAGUGGGUGGUGGAGAGGCGGUGCAUGCGACAGGUGGAUGGGCAUGGUGAUGAGGAGGAUGGUGAUGAGGCCGACGAGGUGAGUGCCUUUUGCUCUCCCUUCCCUGUUCGUCCUCUCUCUCCCAUUCCUGCCUUGAAAGUUGGACGGUUAGCAGGAGAGGAGGAGGAGGAGGGGGAGGGAGGGGCGGCAGGGGAGGCGGAGGAGGAGGAGGAAGAAGAGGAGGACUACAACGACCCAGCAGCCCGCACUGACACUGCCAAGGAGGAGGAGGAGGAGGAGGAGCUGGGGCCAGCGGACGAUGACGAGUCGCUGGGGGCGGAGGAUGACGAUGAUGAUGACGACGAUGGGCGGGGGGUCAUUGGGGCGGACGAGGAGGGGCAGGACGGCAACAUUGUGCUCGCCACCUAUGAGAAGGUGUGUCUGGGGGAGGUGGUUCUGGGAAUUGGGGGGGUGGGUGUUGGGGGGAAGGGGAGGGGCAGGACGGCAACAUUGUGCUCGCCACCUAUGAGAAGGUGCUCGAGGGGGAGAAAACGAGGGGGUGUUGGGAAGUGGGGGGAGGAGGGGGAGGGCAAGAGGGAGGGGAAGGGGGUUGGGGGGAGGGAAGAAGGGGCUAAGGAGGGUGGGGAGAGGAGGGGAGUGAGGGAUGUGGGAUCCUUGGCAGGUCCGCGCCGCCCCCUCGGCAAUUCCACCUCUUGUUUCACCCGCUCCCGCGCGCGCAAGCGGCAAGCCCUUGCACAUCCCUCGCGGCCGAUCGUGGAGAUCGCGUACAGCCCCGUCACGGACGACGGCUUCUUCCUCAUCUCCGCCAGUAAAGACGGCAAGCCGAUGAUCCGCAACGGCGAGACGGGCGACUGGAUCGGCACGUUCGAAGGGCACAAGGGCGCCGUGUGGGGCGCGUGCCUCGACCGCCCCGCGCUGCUCGCCGCCACCGCCUCCGCCGACUUCACCGCGCGCAUCUGGGACGCGUUGACGGGCGACGAGAAGCACAAGCUGGAGCACAAGCACAUCGUGCGCACCGUCCACUUCUCCGAGGACUCGCGGCAGCUGUUGACAGGAGGCGCGGAGAAGGUGGUGCGUGUGUUCGACAUGGCUCGCCCCGACGCGGGCCCCACGCUGUCACUGGAGGGCAUGGCAGGGCCCGUGCGCUGCGCCAGGUGGCACAACGACGACCGCUGGAUCCUCGUCACCUGCAAUGACGUGGCGGGCGUCAAGGUGUUUGAUGCGCGCAGCAAAGACGUGGUGGGCGUGAUGGCCACGGACGGCGCAUGUCUCAGCAUGGACGUCUCACCUGCUGCCGCUGGUGGUGCAGCAGGGGGCAGCGCCUUCAUCACCACGGCGGAUGGCUCCACAGUCAAGAUCUUCGACGCGCACUCGCUGCAAGAGGUCAAGUCACAUCGAUUGCCACAUCAGGCCGAGUCAGCAUCCUACAUCCCAUCAACCAAUCGGUUUGUGGCGGGGGGCGAGGACCUGUGGGUGCGUGUCUUUGACUAUGAGACGGGCCAGCAGCUAGAGUGUCACAAGGGCCAUCACGGGCCAGUGCAUUGCAUUCGCUUUGCCCCCGAUGCGCUGUCUUACGCGUCAGGCUCAGAAGACGGUACCAUCCGCAUCUGGAAGCUCGCACCCCCCGCCACUGCCGCUGAUGGCGCUGCUGCUGGUGCUGCUGCUGAUGGCACUGCUAGUAGUGCUGAUGCUGCUGGUGCGGCUGCGACUGUGCGCGUCGUAGCAUCGCGCGUAUCCACGAGCCUGCGCUGCUGCCGUAUCCUCUGCCACGUCACGACGCUCCUUUCCGCGCCAUUCCCGGCGGCAAAGGCGAUCGCAACCGCAUCCCCGCAUUCCCGCGGCUCCGCGCUUGCGCCAUCCCCGCUCCGCGCAUCCCGCGUUCCACGCUUGCCGCUCCGACCAUUCUCCUCGAUCUCCUCCAAAACAUCUGGAUUUCAAGCCACGUCAUCCAAGUGCCUGACGGCCACGUCAGCCCCCUCCUCCCCUGCCUCCCCAAACCAGCCGUCCGCGCCCCUUCCGCCCAUGGCCGCGUCUCCGGUGCCCUCCUCCGCUCCGCCGCCCCAACCCGCCGCGCCCUCGUCCGCCUGUCCCCCUCCCCCGCCCCCCAUUCCCCGCGCACCUCUCUCUCUCCGCCUGUGGCGGGAUGCGCGCAGUCAGCGCGUGGCGCAGGCGGCGGCGUACCACCCGUUCGUGCUGGCGCUGGGCGCGGGCACGCUGCCGCGGCGGCGCUUCGUGCGCUACUCGCUGCAGGACGCCUUCUUCCUCUCCGCCUUCGCACAGUCGUACGGUGCGGCAGCAUCACUACUGGAUGGGGGCGAGGAGGACAGCACAGGGGGAGAGGAGGGCGAGGAGGAGGAGGCAGGGGAGAGGGGAGCAGAAGCGGGGGGCGAGUUGAGUGUGCGGGCGGUGGUGCAGCGACUGCAGAGGGAAGCAGAUGGCGAGCUCGAAAUGCAUGCUGCCACCGUCAAGGCAUGGAUCGAGGAGUCACGUGACCUCUCACAAACACACGCGGAGCAGUCCGCUGACAUCACGGCUGACGUAAAGGCUGACAGUGCCCCCCUGCCUGCCACACUAGAGUACACGUCCUUCCUCUCGCACGUGGUGGCGGGGACGAGGGGCGUGUGGGACUCCCAUGGGCUGGAGUCACCGGGGGAGCAGGGCGAGAGCAGCGCAGGGGAAAGUGCGUGCGAGCAAGGGAGUCACCACAACCAUGCGCGUCACAGCAGCAGCAGCGAAUCGGUGGUCCCCUCACGGCCUGCGGACUGGAUAGCUGAUGGCGAUCGAUCAUCCCUGGCAGCGCGGCGGUGGCACACGCUGUGUGUGCUGGCGGCCAUGCUGCCCUGCAUGCGCCUCUACGCUUCAAUCGGCCACACCAUGGGGGGGGCUGCCUGGGGCAUGCAUGCUGCAGAAGCGGGGGGAGUGGAGGGGGGGGAGGGGGCGGGGAAGGAAGGUGGGGGGGCCGGGGAGGUGCUGGGAAAGGGUGGGGCGGGUGUGUCGGAGGAGGAGUGGCGGUGGCAUCCGUACGGCCAGUGGUUGCACACCUACUCGUGCCGGGGCUUUGAGGCAGCAGCAGCGCUGCUGGAGUCGGCGUUCGACCGCCUCUGGUUGCUGCACCUGCGUUCCCUGCACCACUCGUCCCACCCCACUUCCCCUACCGAUAUGCAGCAGCAACAGCAGCAGCAGCAGCACGUGGCAGAGCAGCACCUAUCACGGGUAUACAGCAGAGCCAUGCAGCUGGAGCUCUCCUUCUUCCACGCCCAGCUCGCUCCCUUCCCUGCCUCCGCACCACGGCCAAUACCACACCCACACGCGUCCGACGCCCCACCCUCCCUCCCUGCAUGGCCGGGCUUUUUCCACCUUGCCUCCCAGGAAGGGGAGAGGGUAGGGAGGGAGGCGUCAGGAGGAGGAGGGGAGGCGGGCAAUGGGCAGGCGACAGUAGAGUCAACACAAAGAUCACAGGGCAGUGGGGGGGAAGCAGCGGGGGUGGUGUUUGCAGUGGACUUCGAUGGCACGUGCACUGUGGAUGACUCCAGUGCCCUGCUCGCCCACCUUGCCCUCGCCCACGCUGCUCCCGCCAGUGGGGGUAUUUCUACCAACGACGAUGCAGCUGCUGCUGCUGCUGCUGCUGCUGCUUCUGGUGAGUGUGGUGGCAGCAGGCAGCAGGUAUGGGACGACCUGGUGCAGCGAUACAUGCGGGACCACUCUGACUUCAUGCACGCCCACCUGCCACCCGCUCAUGCACACAGGGACAGCAGCAGCAGCAGCAGCAGCAGCAGCAGCAGCAGCAAGCAGGGAGAGGAUGAGAGCAAGGACAGCAACAGUACUGCCAGCAGCGCCACCGCCCGCCUCCCCCCCGGUCUCCUCUCCUUCCUCCACCGCCUCUCCUCCUUCGAGGCCACGGCCAAUCAGCGCGUGACAGCUGUCGCCGCCCUGCAGGGCAUCCCCCGGGACGCCAUGCUGGCAGCGGCCAGGGAGGCUGCUGACGUGGCGGAGGGGGAAGGGGUGGGCGAGGGGCGGGGGAGCUUCAGGUCUGGGUGUGGGCGAGUGCUGAGGAGAGUGGAGGGGGAGGGUGGUGUGGUGCAGGUGGUAUCUGUGAGCUGGAGUGGGGCGUAUGUGGGGGAGGCUGUGAGGCAGGCCAUGCGGAUGGCAGGUGGGGAGAGGGGAGGGGACGGGUCGAAAGAAGAUGCAGAAGAGAAUGUGGGGAAGACAGAGAGGAGAGUGGAGACGUGCAGUUAUGCGGGGGCAGAGGGAGGAGCAGGAGUGGGCGGCGGGGUGGUGGUGACAGCGAAUGAGAUGGUGUUUGAUGAGCAUGGUGUGUCCACAGGAGCUGUGCACUUCCAUGUGCAGGGCGCCAUGGAUAAGGAUGACCUGCUGCCGCUGCUGCGAGCACGGGUGGGCGUGGUGAUGGCAGGAGGGGCAUCCAGCCUAGGCAGGGUCAUUCAGGCCUUUGGUGUGCACCGCUUGCCGCUUGUGGCGCUGGCACUGCUGCAUGUGCAGCAAGGGGGGGCAGGAGAUGGGGAGGUGAAGGAGGGGCUUGCAUGUCCUGCGCUGGCGGUGCCGCCAUGGACGGUGUUUGAUGCCUGCAGCUGGGAGGAGAUCGAGGUGUUCCUCUUUGGCGCUCAUCUCACUGAAUUUGAUAGCCAGUGCUCUGGCAGUGGUGUCAGUUGA